AAACAAGCUCAAACGCUUCCGGUUUCUCUCCUUCCGUGAAUACAGACAUAAUGCGCCACAGGAGAAACUCUGAGUAAAGGAACGCUGAAUAUUACAGAAACACGGCAUCAACACUUCCAGGGAAAAUGCGGAGGAGCAGCAGAGAGCUUGUACCUCCACUAAUGUCAGAUGUAUUGAAUAUUGUGCUGAUGGGUAAGACUGGAGCAGGAAAGAGUGCUUCAGGAAACACAAUUCUGGGCAGAGAUCAGUUUAUAGUGAAUUUGUCUCCUUCAGCUGUGACCAGGAUCUGUAAGGAAGCACGUACAGAAAUAGAUGGUCAAAACAUCAGUGUGAUCGACACAAUAGGACUCUCUGAUAAAUCAAUAAAGACAUCUGAUUCACAACGUAAAAUACAGCAGAUAUUUGAUUGUACAGAUUGUGGUAUUGAUGUGUUUCUGCUGGUGAUCAAAUUGAAUAAACUAAUCACGGAGGAGGACAUGAACAUUGUGAAAUGGAUCGAAGAGAACUUUGGAGAAAAGGCCUCAGAACACACAUUAGUGCUCUUUACUCAUGGAGAUGAAUUACAGGAGCCAAUUGAGGAAUAUCUGAGUCAACACAAAUCACUGAAGUCAGUAAUGAAACAGUGUUUUGGAAGAUAUCAUGUUUUUAAUAAUAAAGAUGAAGAUCGCUCUCAAGUCACUGAACUUCUGAAAAAGAUUGAGUCACUGAAGAUGAUGAAUGGAAGCGAUAGAUACACUAAACAGGACUAUAAGAACACUCAAGAUAAAAUCCUACAUGAAAAACUUGUUUCAAGAGCAGCAGCAGCAGGAGCAGUUGUGGCAGCAGUUGGUGUAGGAAUGUUUAUUUUCAAGAAAAUGUAGAAAUUCUAAAAAAGCUAAUAAUAAUAAAAAUGACUGAACUACCCAAAGUAAUACAUCAUGUUACAUCAGGGAAACUGGGGCUAGUUGUCACAAGUUGUCUCUGGAGUAGGUACUCUAGAUUUUGAGUCAAAAACUCUUGCAGCAGUUUUGUAUGUUGUUUCAAACACUUAGUUCUCAAUAUAUCAUAUCAAAUAUUAGUAUGUAUCAUAAGUAUGUAUCAUUCACAGUCAAAUUUCAAUAUGAUCAUAUUUUGAGCUGUUAGGUGAACAAGUGAACACAAUAAAAUCACUGGUUUAAAUGCAGACAAGUUUUUUUUUUCAUGUAUUUUUCAUGUAUGCUAGUUUGGGGCAAGUUGUCACAUAAUGUUUUUAAUUUCAUACAAUUUACUAAUUACAAUAUUUGAUACUUGAUUAAAGUUAAAGUUUGUAAUUUCACAGACUCAAGCGCCACCGAACGGAAUUGCAACAAUAAACAAUGUUUUCAAAACAGCUGUCUGAAUUUGCCCCUCCUCUGCCAUUGAUCAGUCAAUGAGAUAGUCCCGCCCCCAACUAAUCCCAUUGGCUGAGUCAUUGUUAUUGUGUCUGUAAAACAAACAGAAGAAUCUUUACAGGACUCAGUGUUUACAGUUUUGAUUUACAUUUUGCUACAAAAGUGUUACAUUUUUUGCCAACCCCAACACAAAGCAUGAACACAAGAGAUACUGUAUGAAGCAUGUGUAACGGUGGUCAGCUGAUAGAUAGCUGUGCAAUCUGUAUAAACCCCACUGUCCUGACCUCAAGAGGUGCACUAGUGACUGACACUAGAGGUUGUACCCUUUAGCCUUCUUGCUAGCGCACCUUUAGCCUCCCAAGACUGAGACAAUGGGGUGUGGGUAGAUCAAAUUGUGCUGCAUUACCUCUGCUGAGUUCAUUUUGAUCAUUACAAUAGAGAAACACAUCAGCUAUAAUUUUAAUGUAUAAAAAUUAAAUAUACAGGAGACUUCACAUCUGUUAGUUUAUAGUUUGUAAAUUCU